GCGGGUGAAGAGGACUUUGUUUUUGCUGUAGCGGCCUCGCUCCAUCCAGUGCUUUAGUGCCGAGCCUUCUAAAUAGACGUCUCCCGCAUUGUAACAAUAUGUCAUGCGCGCAACUUUGCAUCAAUGGUCGACAUUGUCAUAACACAAAUACGGUAUAUUACACAGGUAGUCUGUCUGCCUUAAUUUUGUCUGCUGUUUUUAGGACAUCUAUUACGAGCUACCCGGACGAACGCUACACAUUCGAGAGUUUACAGCUAAAAGAACAUUUUUCCUUGUUGCGCGAGGAGCACAUUUUUAUUUAUUUUUUCACUUAGCGACAGUUACGCGGUGAAGUGCUCAAGGCACAUAUCCCUGGAUGGUUGUACCGUCAUUUGUCUAAUUUGUUUUACUGUGCUACUGCUGUCGUUACAGCUUCUGCUGAUGUUAGUUGGGCCCGUCAAGAUCUAGCCCAUCUCUGCACCGUUGACAAAAUUAGCUGCAAGUGCUGAUUGCUGCUGGUUGGCUCAGUCUAGAAUCAGGUGUAUACGUACAUCCAUUUGCUCAAGGCAUUCUGAUGCUUCUAAUACUUGAGCUGCUCCAGUAAAAGAAGAUUGAAUUAAAUGUCGUUUGAGUGAUGCGUGACACCCCAUCACUGUUGUGCUAUACAGGUGGCAAGGUAUUUUCAGAUCUAGGCCAGUAAGGCCGGCCAGUUAACUGUUGGAAGUUCCCAAAAUGCAUUAAAUGCGCAUAUAAAAUUGUCUUGGCCAGAACUCUUAUAAUACUGUAGGGCCCUUGGUGCCUGAUGCAAUCACAAAAGAAACAGUAGAAGAACCCAGAAAAUUUGUGCCCAGCUGCCCCGAGACAAUAAAUCAUACAGAAAUAAUUGUGUUGCAAACUACGACUGAACGUCCGCAGCUGGCCAACCGAAAUGCUCAUCUGCUUAUUACUUUCAAGGAGUUCUUGGAUUUGCAACUUCUCCAUGCUCACAAAGCACCCUGUGUUUGUUCCCCACUAGCAAUCAGCCCACGAGACACUAUAUUCUUGGUGUAUGUAAUAAAAUAACUAACAACACCAAACACUAUUAUGGAUUGCCUGCGCUAUGAGUCUGGCGAAAAGAGAAGCAAACAUGUAGCACUCACCACGCCAAUGUAGUCUAUGCCGAUCGAUCUCAUAAGCUGCCUGCCUGUAUUGUAAGGUCGGUUCCAUUGUGGUGCUGUGCCAGGUGCCGAGAGAAAGAUGGGUUCCGAGCGACAGUUACGAGAACAAGAAAAGGUUUUAUAUUCAGAAGUACAUGGUUGAGUUUUAUACACAGGGCUCUUAACUUUCAGAGCACACUACAUGCUAGAGUGUGUAUGUCCGAGCUUCUUCCUUCUCGCAUCCGUCCCAGUCCACCUUUUAUGCUGUUUAUUUCCCUCUUUCCCUCGUCAAGGGAUUUCACAGGACAAUCACAAAUGCCUUACCAUUCACCACCUCCUGCUCCCAACAUUGCACAAUACGAGGCGGCUUCCACAUGGCAAACUGAACCGGCCAUUGAUGCCUUUCCCGGUAGUUCUCGACAAUGACCCUCUCAUCAAUCAGUGACCUCUGCGUGAUGGUCAGGAGAGGGUGACAUUGUUAUCUUGAAGCGAGCUGUCAUUUCUGGGUGCUCGAAAGCCAAAGAUCUGGAACAUGACUACCUGUCCGUAAGACUCAUGAUGCUGAUUGAGCUUCCUUGAGUGAACAAUGAGGUGGGAUCAGCACCUGUGAUUGCCGCAUGUCUGCAGGUGAAGCAUCCUUUGUUCUGACCGAUCGUCAGGCACAACAGCAACAAGUUGGUGACCGUAAGGGUUGCCGAACAAGUUCUGCAGCUUUUGUUUAAGUGUAUCUAAACUGGUGAGCUCGUCUGCGUGUGUCCUAAGCCAUACUUGAGCUGUGCAAUCCACCGAGGUAAAAUACUAUGUUGGCAAGCAUGACAGUUGAGUCACACUGGUUAUUGGUGCUGACGCGUUGGUACAGGCUGAUGCAGUCAUCGACGUCUUCCUCAUCUUUCUCCAAGAAUACGCCAAGAUCACAUGGAGUGGAGAGUGCGAUGUGCCUCGUUGGAGUAGCAGCAGGUGUCAGAGCCGGUUGAGUCGAGCUGUCAUCUCCGGGAGCCGUGACGGAAGGCUCGAUGUACCAUCCACUGCGAGCCCCAUGACGAGGACAGGGCAUGUCUACCUCCACCAAAUAUGUUACAUGGGAAGUCACAGGCCUCUCAAAUGCGAUGAGCCUAGCUGAAAGCAUCACUGCCAAAAUGGCAUGCCAUGCCCCUUCAAAGAUCGGUGGUCAGUUCGAGGUUGGCAUGCAGUGCAGCUUGUCUCUCGCUGACAAGUCUGUUGGGUGCUCGUUCAAACCAGGGAGUGAGUCUAGGAGCGUGCAGACUAUGGAGGCUGUGGAGCAGUUAAGCUCCACCUCAGGAAUACAUCAACCUCCUGAUGCCACCAUUAAUCGAGAAGUGGAAUGUCCUAAAGGACGACGACAAGGACCUGUUUCCUCUACUAGAGCAUUGGGGCCUUCAAUUUCUCCGUCAACUACCAAAUUUGACAACUCAAAGCAAGGAUGCCUCCACCGAUGUCAGCUAUGUGACUAUGUGGCUGAUGAACUAUUUCUUCUGGAAGCACAUGCCAGCAUCCAUACUGGCGAGAAGCCAUUUCAUUGCCCUUCAUGCUCUCGGAGCUUCUCACACAAGUGUUAUCUGAAUGUCCAUUUGCGGACUCACACAGGCGAGAAGCCAUUUGACUGCCCUUCAUGCUCUCGGAGCUUCUCACAAAAGUCCCACCUGAAUGCCCACCUGCGCACCCACACAGGCGAGAAGCCAUUUGACUGCCCUUCAUGCUCUCGGAGCUUCUCACAAAAGAGCUACAUGAAAGCCCACCUGCGCACCCACACAGGCGAGAAGCCAUUUGACUGCCCUUCAUGCUCUCGGAGCUUCUCAGGAAAGCACCACCUGAAAACCCACCUGCGCACCCACACAGGCGAGAAGCCAUUUGACUGCCCUUCAUGCUCUCGGAGCUUCUCAGAAAAGCACCAUUUGAUAGGCCACUUGCGCACCCACACAGGCGAGAAGCCAUUUGACUGCCCUUCAUGCUCUCGGAGCUUCUCAGAAAAGGGCCGCCUGAAAGCCCACCUGCGCACCCACACAGGCGAGAAGCCAUAUCAGUGCCCUUCAUGCUCUCGGGGCUUCUCACGAAAAAUAAACCUGAAAGACCACCUGCGCACCCACACAGGCGAGAAGCCAUUUGACUGCCCUUCAUGCUCUCAGAGCUUCUCACGAAAGUCCCACCUGAAAGACCACCUGCGCACCCACACAGGCGAGAAGCCAUUUGGCUGCCCUUCAUGCACUCGGAGCUUCUCACAAAAGUCCAAGCUGAAAGCCCACAUGCGCACCCACACAGGCGAGAAGCCAUUUACUGCCCUUCAUGCUCUCAGAGCAUCUCACGAAAUGACAGCCUGAAAGCCAACCUGCACACCCACACAGGCGAGAAGCCAUUUAUUUGGCUGCCCUUCAUGCACUCGGAGCUUCUCACAAAAGGGCCACCUGCAAGCCCACCUGCGCACCCACACAGGCGAGAAGCCAUAUCAGUGCCCUUCAUGCUCUUGAAGAUUUUCACGAAAGGGCAACCUUAGGAAACACAUGAGGCGAGACGCCACUUCAUUGCCCACUCUGCCUUCAGUGAUUCUCGUUGAAGAAUGCCCUGAAGAUACACCAGUGCAUUCAUACAAGUGACCGGCCAUAUAGUUGCAUUGCCUGCUUCAGGUCCUCAUCACUUGAACAGACUUGGAGAGCACAGCACAAUGAUUCAAUUCAAUUCACUUUAUUUUCAACACCACAAUGUUGAGGACCGCGAACAAAAAGCCUUUUAUGGCUUGACAAGGUCCGCAGCCCUUUUUAACAAGCAGUGACAGAGCAUAGCGUUAGGUAUUACAUAUUAAGCUAGAAUUGCCUAAGUCCCAAUAACACGAGUGUCAGACAUAAUGCAUUUAUAUAAUAUAUACAUACAUAUAUGUGUAAAAUGAAUUCAAGUGAAACAGAAUGUAUACUCACGUACAAUUGAAACCGAAAGAAUUAACGCUAAUUACUAAUGCACAUUAUACAUAUAUGAAAACAAAUGUGUCACACAAAACAUACUGCAAUGCACAAUUCGGCAAAUAAACUGUUACAACAACAAUUUGUUCCAUUUUUCCAUACUGUAGGGUAGUCUUAACAAUCUCGUUGAACUAGAGUCUGAAUUAAAAAUCUACAUUCGUGUAGCAUGUUACGUAGUGUUCUACUGCAUCAGGUAGGACAAGUGUCUCCACAUGCUCCGGAGAGCAAGCUUUAACUCGGGCCCAACUUCGAUGCCGCCUAUUCAAAUACAUGUAAAACGCAGAAAUGCUUUUCUGAAAUAACCAGUGGGCUGAUUGUAACGAAAUUUGUUACAUUUGAGAGAAAAAGCUAAAUUCUGGUGACUGCUGGAAGCAUCAUUUAGUUUGAAGGCCUGAAUGUUACCACAGGAAUUUGCAAAGAUUUUUCAUCUUUAAAAAAAUUGAAGCAAAAACUUUAUAAAUUUUUAACUCUGCACCUGGAAUAGAUAUCGUAGCUCUGUAAACUGCAUACGCUAGAUUUUCCAAAGCAGACAAAUUUGAUGUAUCAAUGCAUAUCUUGUCAACUUGUUACACUGUUUACAGGGACUUUGCAGAUGUCCUACUCAAUUAUUAGUGGCUUAUUUUAACGCUUUCUUUCAUAUCUAAAUAUUGUCCGCUUUAGGUGUCCUAUUUGGAGCAUUUUACAGAAUUGCAGUAUUUUUCAUUGCUGAGUUACCAGAGUUGUAAAUUUGAUAGUGUCGUUUUUUGAAAAUUCGUGAUUUUCAACAAUAGCUAUUAAAAGAUUGAUGGCCUAAAUCAAAAAUUCGCUACCAACAGUCACUACAUUCUAUUUCUUUUAUAUGCAACAAACCUCAUCUGGUUUCGUGGAGUAGUUGUCAAGAAAAAUGAUCUCUCCUUUCCCAUGUAUGUAGAUGGGAGCCCCCAAGCUGAAGCUUGCUCUUGAAGGGUCUGUGAAACACUUUUCUGGGGUUACCAUAUUUUCUCUAGAUCUUUUCUCUACACGUUAUGGAACACAGAGCAAAAGGAUUUACGAGAACUAAGCCACAUAAAGCCGUUGUAGCUGAGAAAAAAGUCAAAAUACAUUUAAACUUUAAUUAAAAGAAGUCGGCAAAAACAGCUAUUUGCUUUGUUAUAUUGUGGCUUUUCAUUAUUUGAAAAGUAAUUGAUGUUCAUUUGUGUCUUCAAAAUUACUGUUUGCAUGCCCCUACAAACUAUGUACGUUCACUGUAAUAAUUGUUACACUACAGAUGUGUGAAUGAUGUGUUCUUAAGGCUCCUAUUUUUUUUCAGUAUUCUCUUUGGUACAUAUGAACUUGUUCUCUUAGACCAAUUCAUGUAUUUGUUGGCUCUUGGUUCUGGUCUACAUUGUUCAUCGUCGAUUCUUUUGAUCUUAUUCUAUUCGUGCCUUUUUUAUUUUACAAAUGGGUACUUUUUUAGAGGAAUUGAUUGUUCAGUAAGCUAGCUUUCCAAUGUCUGUUUCAUCAGAGCAUCAAAUAAAUGGCAUUGUUUGGUGAGUA